AUGACAAUGUUUAUGCUUCAUGUUACAAUUGUAAUCUUAAGUAUGUCCAGUGCCUCAACUACGCAAGAACCUGUAUAUCUUGGACCUGCUAGCGCUCCUAUUCACAUGGUGGCAGUAGACCAAGGGAUAUCCAAAGCGCAGUUAUUUUGUGCUUUCGUCAACAUUAUACUGGGAAUCCUCCUUCUUGGAGCAAUUUUUGGAAAGGAGAAUAUUCUAAAAUCUUUCGGAUUAAGUCAGGAGAUCCUACCCAUCACGAUUUCCACAACGAAAUUUAGUGAUGUUAAGGGAGUUGAUGAGGCCAAAGCUGAGCUUGAAGAAAUUGUCCUUUAUCUUCGUGAUCCUAAGCGGUUCACAAGUCUAGGAGGUAAGCUCCCAAAGGGGUUGUUGCUCUCUGGUCCACCUGGGACAGGUAAAACCAUGUUAGCGAGAGCCAUUGCUGGAGAAGCAGGAGUACCAGUCUUUAUCAGAAGCGGGAGUGACUUUGAGGAAAUGCUUGUUGGUGUGGGAGCAAGAAGAGUGAGGGAUCUAUUUGCUGCAGCAAAAAAGCGGUGUCCAUGUAUUAUUUUCACUGAUGCGAUAGAUACAUUUGGAGGGCGCUGUGACCCCAAAGAUCUGAAACGCUCGCAGACAACCUUGAAUCAGUUUCUUGUCGAUCUUGAUGGCUUUCAACAAAAUGCUGGAAUUAUUGUGAUUGCAGCAACCAAUUUCCCUGACUCUUUGGAUAAAGCACUUGUUAGACCUGGACGUUUUGAUCGUAACAUUGUUGUUCCUGAUCCAGAUGUUGAAGGACGGAGACAGAUAAUGGAAUCUCACAUGUCAAAGGUUCCCAAAGGAGAAGAUGUUGAUCUAAGUAUCAUUGCUAGAGGAACACCUGGGUUCUCAGGCGCAGACCUUGCAAAUAUGGUGAACGUUGCAGCUCUCAAAGCCGCAAAGGCUGGUGCUAAAUCAGUGAGCAUGACUGACUUAGAAUAUGCAAAGGAUAAGAUUAUUAUGGGAAGUGAACGCAGAUCAGCUGUAAUUUCUGACGAAACUCGAAAACUAACAGUUUUUCGUGAAAGUGGUCAUGCUAUAGUAGCCAUCCACACAGACGGAGCGCAUCCGGUUCACAAAGUAACAAUAGUUCAACGAGGAACGUCUCUAGGAAUGGUAGCACAAUUGCCCGACAAAGAUGAGACUAGUGCUUCCCGCAGGCAACUGCUUGCUCAGUUAGAUGUUUGCAUGGGUAGACGAGCUGCGGAGGAAGUUAUAUUUGGAGAAAAUGAAGUUAUCUCUGGCGCAUCUUCAGAUCUCCAAGAAGCAACAUCUUUAGCAAGAGCAAUGGUCACAAAGUAUGGAAUGAGCAAAGUAGUUGGGCUCGUAGCUGACGACUGCGAUUGUAAUGGGAGGUGUAUGGACACUGAAACUAAAAUAGAGGUGAGAAAACUCUUGGACAGGGCUUACAACAACGCCAAGACAAUUUUAACUACACACAGCAACGAACUCCACACACUAGCUGAUGCUCUACUUGAGAAAGAAACCCUCACAGGAAGUCAAAUCAAUGCUUUACUUGAAAAAAAGGAAAUGCAGCCUGUUUUGGAUAACCCGGAACUGGGGAGUGUUGUUAGUAGGAAGGAAGAAGUGGAUGGUUGUUGUUAUAGGGAAAGCCAGAAUGAAUUGGGGAAAGAUGAUUUUUGCUCAUACUAG